CUCUCUCUCUCACCCACACAAAUCAAACAAACUCUCUUCUUCACCUCUCUCUCUCUCUCUCUCUCUCUCUAACCACUGCGAUUUCUGCACUUAAUGGAACUGCCGGAGUUCUACAUCGGCGGCUACUUCGACGCCGGAGCCGCGGACUUUCUGCCGGAGAAGAAGCCCGCCGCCGCCGGCGACCAAUUUACCAUCGAUGACCUCCUCGACUUCUCCAACGAAGACGCUCUAGUCACCGACGGCGGGUUCUUAGACGCAGCUGCCGAUUCCUCCGCCGUCACCGCCGUCGACAGUUGCAAUUCCUCAGUUUCCGGGGGAGAGCCUCAGUUCUCCGGCAACCGGAGCUUCGGCGACUCUCAGUUCUCCGGCGACCUUUGCGUUCCGUACGAUGACUUGGCGGAGCUAGAAUGGCUAUCGAACUUUGUGGAAGACUCCUUCUCAGCAGAGAAGGACUUGCAAGCUCUCCAAUUCCUGUCCAUGUCCACAACCAAACCUCAAACCCCCGAAACGUCCUCAUCCUCCGAAACGAAUCAAAACGCACCGCUUUUCCACCCCGAAACACCACUCCCAGGAAAAGCCCGAAGCAAGCGCUCACGCGCUGCCCCCGGAGACUGGUCCACGCGCCUCCUCCACCUCAUCACUCCGAAUGACACCAUCAAGCCUCCCAAGACGACAACGUGUAAGAAGAAAGAUGGUAUUGGUGGCAAUUCGAACUCGGGUUCCGACUCUUCGGGGCGGAAAUGCCUCCAUUGCGCGGCAGAAAAGACCCCACAAUGGCGGACUGGCCCCAUGGGCCCAAAAACGCUUUGUAACGCGUGUGGAGUUCGCUAUAAGUCGGGCCGGCUUGUGCCCGAGUACAGACCCGCCGCGAGCCCCACUUUUGUGUCGGCUAGGCAUUCCAAUUCGCAUAGGAAGGUUUUGGAGCUCCGGAGACAAAAGGAGGUCCAUAGAUCACAUCAGCAUCAGUUUCUUAGUCAAAGUUCCAUUUUUGGUGUAUCUAACGGGGGUCAUGAUGAGUACUUGAUCCAUCACCAUAACGUUAACGAUUUCCGGCGGAUGAUGUAGUGAUGCUAGAGUAGGAUAAGUUAGGGUGCACCUCUCUAAAUUUAACAAGAAUUCUCUAGCUUAAUUUGCUAAUUUUUUCGUCUUAAAAUUUGAAUUUGUAAUGGUCAUUGAGCAAAAAAAGAGAGUUGUAGAAUUGAAAAAACAAAAAAAGGGGGGAAGGGAGAAAGUUGGGCUUGGCUUUGUAUUGUACUUUUCUUUUCUAUUUUUGCCGAAUUUGGCAAAUUUAGAAUAUCAAUUUUACCUACAUUUUGUUUUCAA